GAGCGUGGUCCUGAAAUAGGACAAUAUACCUUUUCACCUUGUAUGUUUUGUUUUCCCAUUUCAGACCAGGUGAUGGUACCCCAGAGAACUGUUUCUUUCAAAUGUUGUCAAAAGGCAAAUUUCCUUGAGAACAGAUUGGGGUAACAAAGGGAUUAGUGUAUGGAAUUUUUGACAGCCUUAUUUCCAUUUUCCUCAGGUUACAAGGUGUUACAUGCAGGAGGUGCUUUGAACAAGGUUGUGUUCAAGUGAUGUAAACAGAUUUCAGGCACUGAUCAACAGACUACAAGUGAAAAAAAAAACAUUCAAGUGCAUGUGCCAUUAUUCCAAUUUAUUACUUGGGCAUGAUGUUUAUUGCAUGAUGCAUUACACUGUGGGGAGUGCUAUUAAAGCCGAAACCAGGGGAGCUGAUAGCUAAUCCAAUUUUGAGAAUUUUGUUAUUAUUAUGAUACUUGUAUUGUACAAGAAAACAACAUACUAAAAGCCUUUUUCUGUAAACAAGAUUAUCAUUAAAUCUCAAAAUUCCUUUGCAGCAUUCCCCUGAAGAUGAUAUUGUUCACUCAUGGCGGAACAAACGAUUGAAAAGCGAACUCAAGGGAUUGCUUACAGAUCCCCCUGAGGGUAUCCGAGCACGUCCCCUAGACAGUACUCUCUCAUAUUGGCAGGCCUCAAUCAAGGGUCCUCCUGAUUGCCCAUAUGAAGAGGGCCUAUUCUUUCUCCAUUUGGAAAUUCCAAAGAGUUAUCCCAUGAGACCACCAAUUGCCAAAUUCAUAACAAGAAUUUUCCAUCCCAAUGUGAGUUACCAUGGAGAUAUUGGUAUAGAUGCGCUAAGACACAACUGGAGUUUAGCACUGACAAUACCAAAGGUGUUGGUUAGCAUUCGAUCACUACUGACAGACCCAUAUUGCCAGAUAUCUAUGGAACCUGAAAUUGCCUCUUUCUGUGAAAGUGACAGAGAAGGCUUCAACUCAGUUGCCAGAGAGUGGACAAAAAAAUAUGCUAAAUUGCACCUAACUUCCUGA